UGACUUCUCUCCCUCAGAGGCAGGGUUCCUAGACGAGGUGACCCAGGACAGCUUCGUGCUGGGCCCGGGCUACGACCGCCCCUACCAGCUGGAGCCCGCGGUGAGGGAGCCCAAGAGCAUCCAGCUGUACCAGCACCUCAACCUCAAGAGCUGCAUCUGGACCUUCGACGCUUAUUACGACAUGACCGAGUUAACUGAUGUCUGUGGGGGCUCUGUCACCGCUGACUUCCAGGCAAGGGACUCUGCUCAGUCCUUCCUGACAGUCCACGUCCCUCUCUACGUGUCCUACAUCUGUGUGACGGCACCGAGGGGCUGGGCUUCCCCGGAGCACCGCAGCGAGAUGGAGUUCUCCUUCUUCUACGACACCGUUCUCUGGAGGACAGGUGAGCCUGAGGCGCUCCAAGGGCUAUGGAAGAAGUGGUUCCUUCAUGUUUUCCCCUUAGCUCCUGCACUGCCCCCAGAGUCCUGAGGGAGCGGGGAACUCGGAAUAUUGCCUUCCUCUGUGCUUGCGGGGGGCUUAGGCAGCCGGUGGCUGACGGAGGG